UUUGUCUUGAAUUCUUCAAGAGCUUCCUCCAAUAUGAACAGUUUCAGUGUUUUCGGUUCUUUCUUUGUCCUCUGGGUUGCUUUUGCUUCUGCGGGAAUAAUAUCCAAUCGAGAUUAUGCAUUCCAAAAAGAUUUCCGAAAAUUGGCGUUGGCGAACAACGAGUUGGCUUUCAACCUGCACCGAAGACUCGCAUCUGGCACUUCAGGAAAUGUAUUUUUCUCGCCUUUCAGUAUCUCCACAGUUUUUGGCAUGCUUUAUUAUGGAGUCCGAGGAGAGACAGCUGAGGAACUAAGAGAGGUUCUAGGUUACGAGAGAGCAGAUUUACCAGACGAAUUCGUCUACAGCACUUUCAAUCAUUUCCUGAGGACCGUUUUACAGAAUAGAGAUUCCACAGACAGAUACGUUUUCAACGCCGCUAAUGCUUUACUUGUCGAUGAACGAUUUGAAAUGUUUGAGGAGUACAGACGCAACAUCCGGGAGUUGUACAGAGCAGCCGUACAAAAUGUGGAUUUCUCCAGUGAAGCGUCCAGGAUCGUGGAAGAAAUCAAUGAUUAUGUCAGGGAGAAGACGAAUGGGAAGAUCGAUAGGGUUUUCGACGAGUUGAGCCCGUCUAGUGUUUUCGUCUUAUUGAACGCUGUGUACUUCAAAGGAGCUUUUAAGACUCAGUUCAAGCAGGAGAGAACAAGAUAUGAAGUCUUUUAUAAUUAUGGACUGGAAUCAGAAGCAAGGAAUGUACCUAUGAUGCACGUAACUUCUUACUUUCCCUAUGCUGCUUUCGAUGAAUUCCAAGCCCUGGAGUUGCCUUACAAAGGUGAAAAUGUCAGCAUGUUCGUCUUACUGCCGAAUGAAAGAGAUGGAAUCCAUGAUCUAGAAGAGAGUUUUACUCCUGAAAGAUUAGCCAACGUCCAGCGACGGCUGUACAAAACUGAGGUAGAUGUCUCGUUGCCAAAAUUCAAAUAUCAGUUGGAGAAAGAACUCUCCCCAGAACUGAAAGCCCUUGGUGCCAAUCAGAUCUUUAGGACUGGAGCUGACUUCUCAGGAAUGACCCAAAGCAGGGACGUGUUCGUAAGUCAAGUCUUUCACAAAGCAGUGAUCGAGGUGAAUGAAGAAGGAAGCGAAGCAGCGGCAGUGACAGAGAUCAUUGCAGAAGAGACGAGUCUGAUCCUUGGAAAGUCAAGAUUCAGAGCAGACCAUCCUUUCCUGUUCGCUAUUGUUGAAAAGAGAAGCAACUUGAUCUUGUUCUUGGGUCGUGUUAAUAGUCUAUAG